AUGGUUUUCCGCGCUCUCCAGGGCGAUGGUGCCUCCGGCAUCUUCUCCUUGACCGUGGUGAUUGAGCCCGACAUCACCCCCGGUCGCUGGUUAGGUUUGUACUCCAGUGUGAUUAGCUCCGUCUUUGCCUUCACCAGUAUUCUAGGACCAGAGUUGGGCAGUGCUCUUGCCGAGUAUUCCAGUUGGAGAUGGGUGUUUUUGCUCAAGAAACGCACAUGCGGCGGCCUCAAACUCCGUGUCGGCAAAUGGAAGCAUAUCGAUAUCCUUGGGGUAGUUCUCCUUCUCGCGUCCACCGUCCUCUUCAUCUACGCUUUGCAGAGCGCUCCGUCCUCUGGAUCUGGGCAGGGCUGGUCAAGCCCCACCAUCAUCGGCGGUUUGGUUGCGUCAGGCGUCUUGCUCACGAGGUAUUCUUGCCGAGAUAUUCGCCCAUAUCCCCUUUCUUCCCGUUAUCAUUACUCCUUCGCACGCUACAUCGCUUUGCUCAUGGUCUCGUUCCACUUCACAAUCAUCCAGCUUCCGCAGUGCCUCCUUCAAGUAAACACCAAGAGUCCUACAACAGUAGGCAUCCUUGUGCUUGCCAUCUUUCUCCCGUCAGCCGCUUUCUCCGCCCUCUUCGGCGGCCUUUACCGCAAGUUCCCCACUGCCCCUUUACAGUUAUUCCUUGGAGGAUGCUUCCAAGUCCGGGGGGUUGGACUUUUACCGUCCCUUCCGACAGGUCUACCCAUAGCCAGCAAGCAGUACGGCUUCGAGGUGAUUACCGGCGUGGGAUUUGGGCUCAUGCUCCCCUCUGUCCUGAUCUUAGCAAGAGAUUGGACUUCGAAGGAAUUAUACGAUAUUAAGAAGCCCUUGCUCUCAUUUCCAUAG